AAUACGACAAUGGCUGACGCUGAGUUGGAAGCUAUCAGACAAGCUAGACUACAACAGUUGAAGCAAAAUCAAGGCGGGGGCGAUGAAAAAGAAGGCGGAGUUGAUGAAGGAAAAAGAAUGGAUCUCGCUAGGAUACUCUCAGCAGAAGCCAGGGAAAGAUUAUCUAGAAUUGCACUCGUAAAGCCAGAACACGCAGACAGAGUACAGGAUAUGUUGUUGAAGAUGGCUAAAUCAGGUCAAAUAAGGAGUCAAGUCACUGAGCAGCAAUUAGUUGGCUUAUUAGAUCAAGUUAGUACCGUUAUAUCUGGUGCUUCAACCACAAAAGUCACGUUUAAUAGAAAGCAAAAUUACGACUCAGACGAUGACUUUGAUUUGUAGUCUCCUCCUUUGAUGAAUAAUUUUUUCUUCUUU